CUCUCUCUUUCUUUCUCCCACUCUCCCCUUCUCGUUCACCCAACCCCCCCACCCCCCAACACCUUCUCCCUCACCACCCCCUCCAUCUCGCUCCCUCCCAGCAGUUUCUCAUUUUCUCAUCCGAUUCUUUCUCCCUGGCUUUUCUCUUUCUUUAUCUGUCUGCAAAUCUGUCUCUUUCUCCUGUGGAGUAAUACAAAGAGCUAUCAGUCUGGGUCUCCCUGGGUUAACAAGCCAGACCACUUCACUUCUCUAAGGACAUAAAAAAAAAGAAAAAGAAGAAAGAGCUGGAGAAAGAGGGGGGAAAAAAGUCAGACAAAUAUUGGAUCCAAACUUAAAGAUGGAGGAGAUAAAGCACAAGUGGGGAUCUUCACCUUGCGUUGAGAUUCUGUAGCCGAACUGUGAGGAAGAAGGGAGUGUGUUACUGCCGAGACGAUAGAGAGGCAGAAAUCUGACAGUUUGCCCGUGCUGGAGUGUGUGGAGCUCCUCGUCUCUCUGUCGUUCCCUCCCUCCAUCUCUCCCUCCUCCUCGGUCUCAUAGCCGAGGCUGUGUAUUAUCUGUGGCUUGACAGAGCGGAGCUGUGCAGAGCAGAACGAGGCAGAGCGCGCGGACAGAAGGCUGCGGCGCAGGUUGUUCCCUGUCCUGUCAUUCACUCUGUGCCUGCAGGUGAAGAGGGGCGCACAGGGACGUAUUCCAGGUGUCUCCCGCGAAAGAGUGCAUGCACAGUCUCGCGGGUUGCUUGCAUGCGCGCACACACAAGCAGGCUACAUGGUCAUCAAAGGAAAAGCCACAGGGUGAUCCUGCCGAGAACAGAAAGUAAAGACAUAUUGGAUUCUGGUUCAAAGAGCCAGCAAGCAAACGAAGAACAGCGGGAUAUCUGCUGCCUUCCAACGAGUGGAGUCCAAGAGACAAGCCUGAGCUGCAUUUUGUUUGGAGGGAACUGCUGGAUCUUACAUUAACAAGGAGCUUGUGUUCAUUUCUCUCUGCUAUGGAGUUUGCUGCUGUACCCUGGUUACGGGAAGGUCACUUUUUCUGAGAUCCUUGCACAUCUGCUUUACUCUCUUUUAAAUAUCCAGUAGGGGGGGGGCGUGAACCAUGCUCCCCAAAAGAAAGCCCCAAGAGGGCCAGCUGUUUUGGAUGUUGCCUCUGGCAGUGGGAUGGAUGGUGCUGGGCUCUGCUUGGGGCUCCUCCUCCUCCUCAUCUUCAGACCUCCAUCUCCUUUCCCCUACCCCCGGAGCCCCCCUGCCCCCUGCCUUGCCCCGGCCUGAUCACCUGCAGGGCCCUCAGGGGCCCAGGCACCACCAGCCACCUGUGUCCAUAUACCGCUCCCCGGCCUCACUACGAGCCGGCCAUGCUGGCACCACCUACAUCUUUGGUAAAGGAGGGGGCUUGAUCACAUACACGUGGCCCAACAAUGAGCGGCCGAGCACACGGACGGACCGGCUGGCAGUGGGCUUCAGCACCACCAUCAAGGACGGCAUCCUUGUCCGCAUCGACAGUGCCCCGCGUCUGGGUGACUACAUCAUGCUCCACAUUGAGCAAGGAAAAGUAGGUGUGACUUUCAACAUUGGAACAGUGGACAUCAGUGUUAAGGAGACAACCACAGCGGUAAACGAUGGCAAAUACCACUUGGUCCGAUUCACCAGGAAUGGGGGCAACGCCACCUUGCAGGUGGACAACUGGCCUGUCAAUGAGCACUUUCCCACAGGCAACAGCGACAUUGAGCGCUAUCAAAUGGCAAAUAAGAAAAUCCCGUUCAAAUAUACCCGGCCAGUAGAAGAUUGGCUUCAGGAGAAAGGUCGGCAGCUGACAAUCUUCAACACCCAGGCCACUAUCUCCAUCGGCGGGAAUGACCGGAAGCGGCCCUACCAGGGCCAGCUCUCCGGCCUCUACUAUAAUGGCCUCAAAGUCCUCAACAUGGCCGCUGAGGGCCACCCCAACAUCAAGGUGAACGGCAGCGUGCGGCUGGUGGGUGACGUGCCGGCCAGUAGGGGCGCAGCCCGCACCACCACCUCAGUACCACCGGAGAUGUCCACCACUUUUAUCGAGACCACCACCACCCUGUCCACCACGACCACCAGGAAACAGCGCUCGCCACCUACUAUUCAGACGACAGAUGACAUUGUUUCGUCGGCGGAGUGCUCCAGCGAUGACGAGGACCUGGAAGAGUGUGACUCCGGACAUGCAGGAGGGGAGCUAGUCAUCCCCGUGCUAGUCGAGGACCCCAUAGACAUCCCUUCUGUAUCCACCCGUUCUCCUUUCAUCCCCCUCCCCCCAACCCUCCGCCCUGUCCUCACCAUUAUUGAGACCACCAAAGAAUCCUUGGCCAUGGCCACUGAGGCGGGGGUACCUUGCUUGUCGGACCGAGGCAGCGAUGAUUGUGAUGAUGGUGAUGGUGGUGAUGAUGGUGAUGAUGAUGAUGAUGAUGGCAUGGUGAUUUCGGGGUUUGGCUCUGGCGAAGCUUUCGACUCUAGCCUGCCCCCGACUGACGAUGAAGAUUUUUACACCACCUUCUCCCUGGUAACAGAUAAGAUCUUGACCACAUCGGCCUAUGAAGGUGGCUACAAAGCCCUCGCACCCAAGUGGGAGGCCAAGGACUUGAGGCCUAGCAAAGCCUCUGAGGCAGGUAGGACUACACCCACCUCGCCAUUGCCCGACCUCCGGGGCACGCCACCGGCGGCAGUCCCCUCGGACACGCCACCCAAGCUGCCCGCCGGGAAAAUGAACAACCGCGAGGUAAAACCCCCGCAGCCAGACAUAGUCCUGCUGCCCCUGCCCACGUCCUUCGAUCUGGACGGCACCAAGCCACGGGGACCCUUCAUCACCUCGCCCAUGCUGCGCACUGUGCCUGCGGCCUUGCCCACGGUGCCCGGCGUGGUGCGGCGGGUGCCCCCAGGGGCCUCAGAGGUGAUCCGAGAAUCCAGCAGUACCACGGGCAUGGUGGUGGGCAUUGUCUCAGCCGCUGCCCUCUGCAUCCUCAUCCUCCUCUACGCCAUGUACAAGUACAGGAACAGGGACGAGGGUUCCUACCAGGUGGACGAGACGCGCAACUACAUCAGCAACUCGGCGCAAACCAAUGGUGCUGUGGUGAAGGAUAAAACACCCAGCGGCAGCGCCAAAGGCAGCGCCAGUAGCAAGAGACCGAAAGACAAGGACAAGGAAUAUUAUGUAUAGAAAUCAAGUCAUUUCCCAACACAUAAAAAAUAGACUGUUUGGAACAAAGUUAUAAACAUUUUGACAGUACCAUAUUGGCAACUGUGAUUUAAAAAGGAUGAAAUCUCCUGAGAACUCAAGACUUAUUGAGUCACUGAAACAUUAACAAAAGAACUUUGGCUUAUGGAAGCACACUUACUAUUGUAAGCAUUUUGGAGAGACAAUGCAGUACAACUUCGCCAGGACUCAACGUGGACCUUUUUAAGGAGUCCCUGCUGGAGACAUCUGGCAGUGUGAAUAACAUCAUUCUAACAUCCACACGACCCCAAGUGACUGUCAAGAGGUGUGUGAUCCUAGGAGUUCUAAUGACCUUGUCCAUUGUAACCCUGUAAAAUACGAUCACUGUCAUUUCAGCCAUUCUGAGCAUGCAUGUGAGGUGUAUGUGACGUGGUGCUGGCAUCUGUGUAAGUGAGGGACCUCAAGAAACAAUGAUUGUUGGGAAAGUUGGAAGUCAAAAACAUGAUUUCGCAUCACAAACCGUUUCAUUAAAUGUAGCUUUCAUGGAUGCGAUAUGAGGUAAAGUAUAUGUGUACUUAAAGAUGUCUUUUUAUUUCUCUUUUUCCAUUUGUUUUUUUUUAUUUAUUCAUUCAGUAAUUUAUUUAUUGACUUUAGGUCUUUUGUUUUUUUGAAGGAUGAUGUCCAGUCAGGGUUGACUAGGCAGUGCUCAGUAACCGCUCAGCAGGAUGUGAUACAGUAAUGUAUCUCAAUAUUUUUCUCUCCCUCCCUCACGCCUCAGCUAAGGCUUGGAACUGCUAUGCAUGGCAUCCAAAUUCUAGAUGGUGUUCAAGCGUGCAAAAGUGGAUCCACCAGGCAAAUUGCACAAUACAAUGUUAUUUCUCUGAAUUUUAAAUCUCUGAUAGCAUUUUCCUUUUCUUUCAUUUCAUUUUUUUUUUUUUCAGUUUUGUCCAGUUUUUUCUUUACUCUUACUGAGACGCUGUGGCAAAAUGCAGUAUCAUAAUUUGUGUCUGGCGGAGAUUUAAUUGUUGCAAUCUAGAAAAAAAAAAGGAAAAAAAAUCCAGGCUAAAGACUUAACUCCAGUGUGAACAAGUGUGAUUCUAUCUGUUGUCACAGACGACUGUGUCAAAAACAGCAAAUAUGUUUACAUAUUUUAUUACAUCAUAGCCGUUGUGCUUUGCAGGUCAAUAUUGUACAGAAAAUUCAAGUUUCUGUUCAGUUUUUUUAAACCCUCUUCUUGUAUAGACAGACCAUUUGAUUUGAUUUUUCUGCUGUAGCAACAUGACAAAAAAAUCAUUUUUAUUCUUUUGCCAGGGACGCCUGGAGAUAAAAAAAAAAAAAAAAAAUGAUGUGCACAGGAACAUUUGUUUAGGCAGGAGCAACUGUUGUUAGAUUAGAAGUCUAGUCUUUCUGGAUGGUGUUUCUCUUCAGUCGCAUGAAUAUUUGACCAUUGGAAGCUGUCAAGUCAAAUAGAAAACACCUCCCUCAGAUCUUGUAUUAGGGACUCCUCUCCCUAUUUUGAAAUUACUUUCAUCAUGUUAUUUAUUUUUUUAUUGGAAAUUUAAAAAAACAGAACAAGAGAAUAAAGACAGAUUAUUAUGGA